CUGACAACCUCUUACCCGAUAGUAGCAGUAUUGUAUCGUACCAGCAUAGUAGGAUGUAGCAGCAAUUAAUACCCUAGUGAUUCUCCCCACUUGUAAGUUGCAGCAGCAGCAGCAGCAGCACCUGCCCUGCCUUCAACUUCGCCCUGCUUUGCAAGACCUUGUUACAUUCAGUCUGCGUCUACCAAAUCCAAAACCUUUUCAGCCCUCAAUCUUGGCUCUGGGCUUUACCGCAUUCUUCGUCUCUAGCAGCCCGCCUAUCUCUUACCAAGAUCCUUUUUCUUGAAUAUCAACCAGCUUUUUCUAGCGCACUUGGAGACGCUGCGCUUCUCCGUGCACUCUGGAUUACCAUCUCCAUAUAGAUACGAAUAUACAUACCUACAUACCUACCUACAUACCUACAUUCAUACAUUCAUACAUACCUAACCUAACCUCAUACAUACAUGCCUACCUAGCUUCACGAUACAAAGCCGACUUAAAACUUGAGAACUCUCUAGAGGGAAAUGUUCUACUCUACCCCUCUUUGAUGGCGCCGCCCUAUUAAUAAAAAGCUGCGAGGACCAGCGCGAGAGCGACAAUGACAAUGACGCGAGAUGACAGCCGUAUCACCUCCUUCGCGAGUUCCAGCAGUGGUCACAGUGGUCACUCAAGUGUUACGCUGAAGCCAUCCGUUCCUAAUCGUUCAGUCUCGGUCUCUUCAACCUCGCUCUCCUCAGCCUCCACUAAAGCUACGCCGAAACCCAUCAAGACGAGCGAAUAUGGCAAAAUCAGGUACGUCAUGACUGGAUUCUUUCUUCUCUAUACGGAUUGGGCCCAGUGAAUCAUGUGCGGAGCUAUCGGCCUUGUCACAUUUCAUCCGAAGCCUAUCUCGAGUGUCCCUGGUGAGGAUAAAUUAAGUGCCGAGGAACAAGUCAACUGUCUCUAGCGAAAUAGUCGCUUUGUCUACAACGAUGUCAUUAGCAGCAAAGUUUCUGAAAGCUAACCAUGUAUGCGUUUCGAACAUUACACAGACC